AUGGCACCUCGAAAGCCUGCAUCGCUGAAGAACCUGGUGGUCAAGCUGCAAGAGAUCCAGGCCGAUUUGGACGACAUUUUGGAAUUCACCCAAGGUUACGAAGAAGCUACUACCGCUACCGAUGUCAACAUGCGCUUGAUCAGAUUGGACGAACUUUGGGAGAAGUACGGCGAGACGUUGGUGGAAAUCAAGUGCCAUGAAGAUUACACCGCUGAAGAUGAGACCUACAACGAUCAGCGUCUGCUUUACAGCAGCCGUUACUACCGAUCGAAGUCAUCCCUCACGGACAAGGCAACGGAACUGCAAGAUACACUAGAGCUGAACCAGUCAACGCGUGCCAACGAUUCAACCCUGCAUGGCGCGCUGGACCAUGUGCGCCUGCCGCAGAUUAAGCUGCAGACUUUCAACGGCGACAUCGACGAGUGGAUUAGUUUCCGGGAUUUAUUCACGUCUCUGAUCCACUGGAGAACCGAUCUUCCAGAAGUAGAAAAACUUCAUUAUUUAAAGGGGUGUCUUCAAGGGGAACCAAAGGCGUUGAUUGAUCCUUUGAAAAUUACGCAGGCCAAUUAUCAAAUCGCGUGGGACACUCUUUUAAAACGCUAUAACAAUAGCAAACAGCUCAAGAAAAAACAGGUUCAAUCGUUGUUUAGUCUGCCUUCGCUUUAA